AACUCCACUGGAGGUGUGGCUCAAAUUAAUUUAUCAUGGCUGGUGCACAGCGUGUGUUUUCUGGGAUACAACCCUCUGGAGUGCCUCAUUUAGGUAAUUAUAUAGGAGCAAUAAGGAACUGGGUCCAACUCCAGAAGACCUGUGGCAAUAAUGUCAUGUACAGCAUUGUUGAUCUCCAUGCAUUGACUGUCCAUCAGGCUCCAUUGCUCCUUAAGAGGAACAUCAAGAAUAUGACAGUCUGUCUGUUAGCUUGUGGCAUAGACCCCAAACAAAGCAUUGUGUUUCAGCAGAGUCAAGUUCCAGAACAUUGUGAAUUAAUGUGGUUGCUAAGCUGUCAGACACCAAACGGUUGGUUAAAUAAAAUGACACAAUGGAAGUCAAAAGGAGCAACUGAUAAUAAGAGCUUUGUAAACAUUGGAUUAUAUGCUUAUCCCAUACUGAUGGCUGCUGAUAUAUUACUAUACAAAGCUACUCAUAUUCCUGUUGGAGCUGAUCAGUUGCAGCACUUGGAGCUAACAUGUGACAUAGCGCACACUUUCAAUUCUCGUUAUGGAGUAGAGUUCUUUCCAAAACCACAGCCAUUACUCUCUGAAGGUAAAAACCAGAGGAUAAUGAGUUUGCGCAAUCCGUUGCAAAAGAUGAGCAAGUCAGACAACCAAGAAAUGGCUCGUAUAGACAUCACGGACACACCAGAUCAAGUACACAACAAAAUACGCAAAGCAGUAACAGACUGUACAUCAGCAGUAACGUUCGAACCCGAGGAAAGACCAGGAGUAUCAAACCUAGUCUCCAUGUACUCUGCACUCUCCGGUAAGACCACUGAUGAAGUAGUGGAGGAUUUCACUGGUAAAGAAACUGUCGAGCUCAAGGAUGGUCUUACUCAAGUAAUCAUAAGUUACUUGAAGCCAAUACAAGAGAAGAUUAUUGAAUUAGAGGAAGAUGAAGGGCAUAUUGAGCAGAUAUUAACAGAUGGUGCUAGGAGAGCUCGUGAAAGGGCAUCAGUCACUAUCAGGGGAGCAAAGGAGCUAUUAGGCAUCAACUGACCAACUUCUCAUAAUUAUUAAUGUGUAUUGGAUCUAUCUGAUUGUAUACACUAAAACGAUUAUUUUCAAUUUCAUUAAACCAAUUAUGUAAUAUAUAUAUAAUUGUUAUUUUGAUGUAAGUGUGCUAUUGCAUUCCAACACGGUCCCUCUGUAUUCUAUCAUUGUACGUUUUUGACACUAUAUUCCACGCCUCCAUGAAUCGAUCCACACAAUUUGACAAACAAGUCUAAAGCAAAUAAAAGUUAUUAUUUAUGUUUUUUGUGAACUUGUGAUGAUCCAUGUAAAGUCUAUAAUAGUGCAGUUUUUAACUAGUUGCUAA